GUUUUAAUGGUUUAUUGUGACACAAAACCCUGUUGCCACAGACUAAAUGUUGACCUGUUAUUCCAUUGCACGAUCAAGGGCUGCCAUCCGCGUAUCUGUGUUCUGGUCCACUUUUGUUUUGUUUUGUUAAAUUUGGUUGACAGGAUUCAAGCGUGCACAGUUGGGCUGUAUUUCUGACCCGAAUUCUAUAUAUAUUUGCCGGCUUGUCACGUAAACUAGUUUUUGCACAGCUCAUCUCGCUCAGUCUCACCUGGCAGCACAGACAACAUGGGGAAGAGGGUUCUGGUCAUUGGUGCCGGAUGUGCUGGUUUGACCUGCAUCAAGUCCUGUCUCGAUGAAGGUCUGGAGCCGGUGUGUAUGGAGAGAACCGACAUCAUGGGUGGCCUGUGGUACUUCAAGGAGAGACACGACCAGUGGCCGGAGCAAGGCUCGGUCAACAGGUCAACAGUCAUCAACACCAGCAAAGAGAUGAUGGCCUUCAGUGACUACCCGCUCCCGGCCGACUACGCCAACUUUGUGCACAACACGAAGGUGUUAGAAUACUUCCGAGACUUCGCCCAACAUUUUGGAUUGAACAAGUACAUCCAUUACAACAAGGAGGUUGUGCUGGUCAAGCGGGCCAAAGAUUUUGACCGCACAGGUCAGUGGGAUGUGGAGAGCCGGGAUCACAAGAGCGGUGCGGAGAAAACAGAGGUGUUCGACUUCGUACUCGUCUGCUCGGGCCAUCACGCACAGACGUACAAACCUGACUUUCCUGGUAUCAAAGAUUUUCAAGGGAAGGUGAUCCAUUCCAAAGAGUUCAAGGACUGUCGAGGAUUCGAGGGCAAAAAAGUGAUGGUCGUGGGGAUCGGGAACUCAGGUGGGGACUGUGCUUCUGAACUGGCCAAAUACUCAUGGGUGUUGAGUUUGUGGACGGAUCUUUCGAGGACAAUGUUGACACAGUGAUUCUGGCCACGGGUUACGUCAUCGGCUUUCCCAUGGUGGAGAAAGGCGUGAUCGAUGUGAAAGAAAACAACCUGAAGCUCUACAAACACAUGUUCUGUCCCGACUUGACCAAGCCCACCAUAGCCUUCAUUGGGAACAUCCAGCCACUUGGCUCUAUCAUGCCUAUUGCCGAGUUGCAAGGCAGAGUGGCUGUACGGGUGUUUAAGGGUCUCUGCCAGCUUCCAUCCCGCGAAGAGAUGUGGGAGAGUAUCAAGGCAAGGCAGGCAAGGAUGGGUGCUCGCUACGUCAAGUCCAAGAGACAUACCAUACAAGUGGACUUGAUCCCGUUCUGUGACGAGUUGGCCGAUAUGAUUGGCGUCAAGCCAAACUUAGCCAAGCUUUGGCUCACAGACCCUGUGUUGGCCCGUGAGGUUUUCUUCGGCCCCAGUACACCCUACCAGUACAGACUACAGGGACCGUGCAAGUGGUCAGGUGCAAGAGAAACCAUUCUGACACAGAUGGAUCGAGUGAGGCAGCCACUACAGACCCGCCCCCUCCCCAGGAAGGCCGGAGACCAGUCCAUCAGCUUCAUCUAUAUCCUCAUCGCUGUGAUACUCCCUGCCUUGCUGUACUUUUUUAGAUUCAUCUGAGGAUUCGCGCAACUAAACAAGGAAGAAAAUAGGCGCACUCCGGAGUGCCAGAAUUAAAUUAUUGUUCUUCUUGAAUUGCAGGAUGUGCCGUGUAACAGAAAAUCUUGAUUAGCGCAACUUUACGGGUGGCUUUAUCUGCAUGAGUCCGCGCGUGAAUUGGCACACACUCUUGGGGACGAAUUCCCAAUGGUUAAUGUCUGAUUUUGUGUUACUUACCUACAUUUUAUAUAUGAUUUGAUUUGUACUAUCGGGUACACAGACAUAGUAAUAUAUAUACGGAGAUAAUUGUCCCAACACACUAUAUAUUUCGCCCAUUAUGCCUAAUGAAAAUGAAUGCAGUAGCGGAGUGUUGUCUUUGUUUGUUGUUUGGAGGUUG